AUAAAUCAGUUUCUGUCAGGGUUGGUUACCUACCUCAUGGUAUGGCACAAUCAAAAUCGGAUUUGGAACUAAAGCCCCUAUGGUUUUCCAAAAGCCAUGUGACGAAGCAGGACAAUGAUCAAAGUCAUCAUAACUUGUUGGCAAUGACUGUUGGGAUAAAGCAGAAGCUAACUGUGGAUGCAAUUGUUAGGAAGUUUCUUUCAGAGAAUUUUGCUAUUAUACUAUUUCACUAUGAUGGAAUUGUCAAUGAAUGGCACGAUCUCUGGUGGAGUCAUAUUGUGAUUCACAUAGCUGCUCAUAGCCAAACUAAAUGGUGGUUCGCAAAACGUUUUCUGCAUCCAGAUACUGUCUCCAUAUAUGAUUACAUAUUUCUUUGGGAUGAAGACUUGGGGGUUGAAAAUUUCCAUCCUGGAAGGUACUUGAAAAUAAUGAAAUCAGAAGGAUUAGAGAUUUCUCAGCCAGCUUUGGACCCAAAUCUAUCUGAGAUACAUCACCGGAUAACUGUUCGCAGAAAGAAAAGGACCGUCCACAGAAGAGUAUUUGGUACUCGAGGUACUGGAGAAUGUUCAUCAACUAGCACUGGCCCUCCUUGCACUGGAUGGGUUGAGGGAAUGGCUCCAGUUUUCUCGAGGUCUGCUUGGCAUUGUGCUUGGCAUCUCAUUCAGAAUGAUCUAAUCCAUGGGUGGGGCAUGGAUAUGAAACUCGGAUAUUGUGCUCAGGGUGACCGAACUAAGAAGGUAGGUAUAGUAGAUAGCGAAUUCAUAGUCCAUCAAGGUGUACAAACCCUGGGAGGAUCUUCAGCCAAGAAGAUAAGCCUCCACCAGACAGAUAAGAGAUCUAAACGGCUCCUUCAUAACAAUGCCUUGCAGGGUUAUCAGAGAGGAACAUUUGAUCCUAGAACUGAGAUUAGGAGACGGUCCCGUUCUGAGCUUUACCUCUUCCAGGAACGAUGGGACCAGGCUGCAAGAGAAGACGAGGGUUGGGUCGAUCCAUUUCGUGCUCCUAAACAGAAGAAACGAAGACCAUUGACUUCUAAUGUCCCUUAAUCCACUCAGAUCAACAACAAUCACGGCAUAUAUUUUUCUGGUCUUGAGAAAAAGUGUCGUCGAUCAUGCAUGGGCGGCGGUGGGGCUCAGAACAUGGGGUCUAAGAUGUACAGUGUUCUUCGUUAGUUCUAUGCUAUCACUGUCUCCAAGAUUUCAUGCUCCACAUUCAGUGGUGGAAAAGCUUUAAAGAUUCAAUGUACCAAACCGAAGUCUGAUGUGCCAUUGCGAAGAAUUAAUGAUCGAUGUAAGGAGAAAGGGUUUCAAACGAGU